GUCAUAGACCCGUGAAAACAUGGCUGUCCGCUAGAAGCUCAACGUUUCGAUUGAACGGCGAAUUUUCAAAGCUCAGCGAGUUCCCUACCAUCGGUAGAUGAUGACAACAGACUCGCGAGCUCCACGGGGCUGGCUCUGGGUUGGGUCCAAUUUAGCCACACAAAACUCCUGUAACGAUGUGGUCCUCCCCGCCAAUGGGUCAUUCACUAUGAUUUACCCCAUGGGGACGACGGCCUGCUACUGUGGACAAUGAUAUUUGGCCGAGCGGGGUCGACGAUCAGGAGCAGCCAUAAAUUUCGGCUCCCGCUCCGGGGUUUGCGCCAGUAUUCAAAUCUGCUUUUCUCUCCUGUGUCUAGGAGUCUGAAGUACUGACACCUUUGCUGCUUGUCUCGGAGAGCCUACACGCCCCCUAACACACUUUUACCACACUCGUCCGGAAAAAUGGCAACAACAUUGACAUCCAAGAUGGCCAGUCAAGCUGCCAAAGCGAACUUGCCGGCAUUCAAUUGCCCACCAGGCACGAAGAUGCAUCUGCUGAAUCUGGGAUCACUCGAAUGCGAUGAAGGCUGGCUCCUUCGUGGCGGGAAUUCAAGUGCUCUGAGCAACAAAAACCCUGAGAAUAAACGUCGAGAGUUAAUCAUAUUAUCUGUUUUGAUUGAACAUCCCCAGGAAGGGUUGAUCUUGUUCGAGACCGGUUGCGCGGAGAAUGUUGAAGUUAAAUGGGGAGCUCCCCUCACAGAUAUCUUCCCUCGAGUAGUCUACAACGAGGAGCAUAAACUCCCCGCUGCCAUCAAGGCUACUGGAAACGAUAUCAAGGACGUCAAGGCUGUUGUUUUCGGGCACUUACAUCUCGACCAUGCUGGUGGCUUGGAGCAUUUCGUUGGAACCGACGUGCCUAUCUACGUUCACGAGGAGGAAUUCAAACACGCAUGCUGGGCCAUUGCCACGGGUGCCGACCUUGGCGUAUAUCUCGCCCAUUACAUGUCCCUUGACAAACUGAAUUGGCAAACGUUUAACGAGCCCCAUCUCGACCUCUUUCAAGGCAUCACGAUCCAUCACUCUCCCGGCCACACCCCCGGUCUAUGCGUCAUGCAGGUGAAUUUAGAGAAGGACGGGACUUUUAUCUUCACAACGGAUCAAUUUCACAUUGCCGAGAACUAUGAGAUGGCACAUCCACACGGCUGGCUAGCUCGCGACCACUCUGCAUGGUUCAACAGCUUGCAGAUGAUUAAACGGCUGCAGCGGAUGUUUAACGCGGAGUUGGUGUUUGGUCAUGAUAAAGAGGUCGCGAACCGCCUGAUGAGCAAGAAGAAAUUCUUUGAAUAGGUUAUAAUCUGUUGCAUUUGGCAUCCAGUGUUUUCACAGAAAGCGAUAUUCUGGUUACAGGGCAUCUAAUAGAUUCACGAUGAAUGUUUUGGGAUAACUUUUAGAUGGGAUCAGCAAUUCAUAAGGUUUACGUUCUUGGCCGCGGGGAAACCUCAUGGCGGGCCGCGGGUAUUGUCGAAACUUGGGGUUGCAUACAAAGUACAGGUCAGGCAACUCCACAAUACAAAUAAAGAUUUUCAAAUGAUACUUUUUUGUAGUUUAUAUGUCUUAAAAUAUUUGCUAGUUA